AUGGAGCUUACUGGAAGCAGUUAUCAGGGCCCAACUCUAAAUGCCAGGAUGGAAGGAGAAGGGGAAUAUACAUUCCCGUCAGAAACUAAGUACAUAGGGGAGAUGAAAGACGGGAUGUUCCAUGGGUCAGGUGUGCUCCACUUUCCAAAUGGAAGUAAAUACGAGGCCACCUGGGAGAAUGGCAUUGCAACCCAAGGAUCAUUCACCUUUGAUGAUGGCCUGCCGUACCAGGAGAAAAACUGGGAUUACUGUGACGGUCACGACAGACGUUUCUAUACCGAGAGAUGCAACGGCCUACGCCCAGCAGGUGAAUCUCAGCUUACUGACCUGCAUCCUCCACGUGUCAUUCCUGAAGGCUGUUAUGACUGCGGAGAUGGUUUCUAUGAUCCUACUACUAGAACCAUCACCUCUUAUGAUGAUGUUUUCUUAAGAACUGCAGAUGACUCAGAACAUGAGUGGAUAGUGCAAACCUGUCGAGUGGCAGAGGAUCCAAAUCCUGAGUCCUUCUUAGAUGACGACUCCUGUUCUUCACAGGUGGAAUAA